GUCCGAAAACAAGGCCUCUUUUACCAAGAAAAGAAAAGAAUUUACUUCUUUGACCUCUUCUCUUUUAGAAAAGCCUAGGAAAACAAGAAGCACAACUGACUUCACAGGACAGACAACCACCAACCACCAAGAUCAAAACAAUAACAAAACACCUCACGAUAUACCCAAUAGCGAGAGGCGAUACGAUAUGGCUUGCCUUAAGUUCCUAUCUUCUUUCACGAACUUGGGGCUUAUUCUUCGGGCUUGUGCUUC